AUGGACCCUGGCUUGUUCUGGACUUUUUCCACUUCUCUGCACAUCAACAUCAUGUCUGCAGAAAGCCCAGGCCAGAAAAAUGGCUUCAAGUCAUUUGUUUCUAAUGCAUUGCGACCCAAGAAAUCUCGCCAAACACUCAGGAAGGGUAGCAGAUCGACUACAGACUUGCGGCUGGCCGCACGUCCAAGUGUCGAUGAGGGGGCCCCUCCCCCAUUGCCUGCUCCUCCGAUGCCAGAAUUAGCUCCUUUGCACGCUCAUAGGCUCAAAUACCAGGAAUUACAUGCGCAGGUGGACAGUCAGCUUGGCGAACGACGAGACUACACGGAAAUCAUCCAUUCGCUAGGCACUCUCGGAGUCGACGAUGACGUCGACCAAGUAUAUGAGCACAACGACCGCCGUCCGCCAGGCGAGGGUGACAUAGCGAGCCUACCACCCAAGUUAUGGGCACGAAUUGCAAACUACCUGGAUCCAGCGGAAGCAGCAAGCCUGGCAAUUGCGAGCAUCACCCUCUACCGACGACUAGGCCCAAGAUACUUCAUGGCCCUCGAAUACCCCGAAGCCCUUCCAUACAAGGUCACGUUCCUAGCCGGCCUCGAUGGAUCUCUCCCAGCACAUCUUCUCUGUAUACCCUGUGCCCGCUACCACGUUCGCACCCAGCGCGGCACAGAACGUUUGCGACCAACCCACGUCCUCAAUCCUCUCUUCAAGUGUCCAAACUCAACCAACGCCCUCAACCCCCCUCCCCGCCACCGCAUCACCCACGGCCGCAUGCUACCUUUCACCUUCGUCCAACUCACCAUGCGCGCUCGCCGAUUCGGCCCCUCCUACGGACUGACCCCAGAAGCCCUAGGCCGCCGCUGGCAUCGCGACGACUGGUCUCAUACCACUCGAUUCCACAUACAUUCAGGCCGACUCCUAAUGCGCGUCACGUCACAGACAUUCGCAGCGCCCGGGCUAACACCCUCAGCGCAGCGCAUGCUCCUAUUCUCGCGCGAAGACUACUGGCCGUAUUUCAGUGCGUGCGCACACUGGCGUGAUGGCGAGCUCAUGCCCGCUUGCAAGUGUGCGCUGGAGCAUAUUCCGCGUCCACGCAGUACGGGUGGUCUACAGGGUCUUGAGCAUCGUGUCAAAGACCGAUUGGCGGGUGAAGUUUUUGAUCCGAAUGCGCUGACGACGCUGUGUGGGUUCUGUCGGCCGAUGCGAAGGUGUCCCCAGUGUCCAACUGAGUAUUUGAUUGAAGUAAAGCUGUGCGAGGACCGUGCAGAUGGAAGAUUCAAGCAGGCUAUCACCGUUACGCGGUGGAGUGACCUUGGAGAUGGGAAAACGCCGCAUGGCAUCCAGUGGGGAGCUAUUAAUGGAAAGAGAGAUGAUUAUGACUCGUUCCAGCAUGAACAUUAUGCGAAGCGGGGAAUUGCGAGUAUCUUCGAGGCUGCUUUCACGGCGGAUACGCUACCUGGUCAGCGAGUUAUCUCACUGAAUCCGAAGCAAAAGAGGUUAGGGGAGAAGGGUAAUGAUUGGUAUUAG